CACCGUCCAGAGACUCCCCAUCCCCUUAAAACCCCCGGCAUUCACUCUAUAUUUUCAACUCUCUACAUUUCACAAAACUCCAAGCUAGCUUUCAGCCUCGUAAAACAUUCCUUUCAGCUUCUUAUAUAGGGAAAUACUCCAAGUUCCAUUUUCUUCUCUGCUUCUAAAACUUGGGUUUUUCUCUAAGAAAUUAAUGGCGGUUUCGUCGAGAUCAGUUAGAGCAACGGAGCUACUUCAAAUGCCUAAGAAAUGGAAAGAUAGAGAAACUAGCCCUGAACGUACCAAAGUUUGGACUGAAACUCCAAACCAUAAGCCCAAAUCUGAACGUAAAGUCCCUGUUGUUUAUUAUCUCACUAGAAAUGGCCAACUUGAACACCCCCAUUUCAUGGAAGUCCCUCUUUCUUCCCCUGAUGGUCUUUAUCUUAGAGAUGUGAUUAACCGCUUGAAUUUUCUCCGAGGAAAAGGCAUGGCUUCGCUGUAUUCAUGGUCAGCCAAAAGAAGCUAUAGAAAUGGAUUUGUGUGGCACGAUUUGUCGGAGCACGAUUUUAUAUUUCCAGCACACGGUCAAGAGUAUGUUCUCAAAGGCUCAGAACUUGUCGACGGUGCAAUUACAAUUACAUCUCAAUCGGAAGAAGUAGAAUUCUCCAGUUCGAAAACUCCGCUGCCGGAAGUGAGAAAAAUCGCCGAAGAUCGUGAAUUCCCUGCGGUUUCACGGCGGCGGAAUCAAUCGUGGUGUUCGGCUGAUUUCCACGAGUACAGAGUGUAUAAGGCAGAGUCUAGCGAGGAUUCUACGGGAAAAGCCGCCGCCGAUGCGUCAACUCAAACCGACGACCGCCGUCGCCGGCGAAGAGAAAUCGGAAUCGUCGAAGAAGAAGAACAGGAGAGAAAUUCUGGUCAAAGCCAGUCAACAGAGCUGAGCCGAGGUGAAAUUUCUCCACCGCCGUCGGAUUCAAGCCCGGAAACUCUCGAAACGUUGAUGAAAGCCGACGGUAGAGUAAUCGUACGGUCAGAAACAGUCAACGAUGAUCAAACGGCUAACAAUAAUCAAUCAUCAAAUGGAAAGGGCAGCAGCAGAGCAUCUUCCGUGUUCAUGCACUUAUUAUCGUGUGGGUCAAUGUCCUUCAAAGAUUGUGGGCCCGGUUAUUAUGGGAAAGAUCAUGGGCUUUCCUUGAUUUCACACUACAAAUCCAGACUGCCACGUGGAGCAGGGUUGAAUCAGGUGGAGAAGGAUGCAGAGAAUACUACGGUGGAGUAUCAAGGAAUCAUAGAACGAGUUAAGCUAGAGGAUAAGGAGUACUUUAGUGGAAGCUUAAUAGAGACAAAGAAGGACGAAUAUCCAGCUCUGAAGAGAUCUUCUUCAUUUAAUGCAGAUCGGAGCGCAAAGUUGGAACUGAGGGAGAAAGAGAUAGAUGAAGUGAGAGCAAGAUGCAUUCCAAGAAGGCCAAAGAAUCAAUCCACCAAAAAGGAAGGAAGCAGUGACUUGUCUUGCAGUAGCAGUGCUAGUAUUUCAAGUAGUAGCAGUAGCCAACAUGGUAGCAAAAGGGUAGUGGUUCAACCCCAAGUUUAGAAUCUUUAAUUAAGCCAUAAUUUAGAGAGUCAGAAACAUUCACCAGAACAACCUCUUUUAAUCUCCUUGGUAGUUGUAAAUACUGGAGUAUCUCUGUAAGCUAAAUGAAAAAAAACAAACAAAUUCCAGCUAGUAACAGACAAGAAAAAGGUGUCAUUCUGGGUAAAAACAUGAUGUGAUACCAAGAAACAUAGGACAAAAUGCACUGUUGACUUUGGGAAAAAAAGUGAGAUGCUGCUGCUUUCUUUUAAGAAUUUCAAUAUAGCUUCUUUUGUUUGAAGUGGAUAGAAUUGUUUGAUUGUUUGCUCGUCACUUUAU